CAUUUUAGUUCAGAUUUUGAACAAAUAGUUUAUAUGGAUGGAUGUUCGUGUCUAUAGAAUAUAAUUCAAUGCGAUCAGCAAUAUCUCCCGGUAAAAUACAAAUAAUUAGAAUUAUAUAGAUACAGGCUAUUCGUGAAAUUUGAAAAAAUAGGAUGCGAAUAAAAACAUUUAAAAUAAUAAAAAAAUUCAAAGUGAACGCAAUAAAGUAUUAUGUGAUAUACAAUUAGAUUUGUUACAAAAUGGACAUAGAACCUUAUAAUAAUAAGCUAGCAAUUCAAAAUCGCAAAACCAGGCACCAACUUUCGUCAAUAGUUUACAUUGCAUCUAAUCAUAUAAUGAAAAUGCCGUAAUUAUGUAGAUAACAACACAUGUAGGUUUAUAGUGUAGUUGUCGUAAAAUAACCUGUUUUUACAUUAUUGUAAUUACAUUUAUAUUAUUUACAGUUAUAUUUAUAACGGUACAUUACAAACUUGUAAUUUGAUGUGAAUUCAUGACUUUAUAAUACUUAAACAUUAGAGCAUAGAUAAUAAAUAAAAACUCAUAGAGCAAUAACCACAUUCUUCUUUUAACAAAAAAAUUUAAACGAAAAAUUUGAAAAUGGAAGUCGUGUUCGAAAUUCAAUUUUAAGUUCAUGCAAAAUGAACAUAUCGCCAUUUUUACGACAGGUGUUCGUAGCCAGUUCUCCGCAGCUGGCAGCAUUCUCUGUGGGUGGUAUCACUGGAUUUCCUACUGUGCUACUCCAACAGCUCAAGGGAAACGACAGCUCUAUACGUAUAGACUUGGACACUUCUUCAUGGAUUGCAUCGGUCCACGGAAUCGCCGGCAUACCAUGUCUUCUUGUUUCCCUAAUAAUGCAAUGGAAGGGACGAAAACUGGCUUUUAUCUUGAGCACUCUGCUGAUCAUCAUCGGCUGGUCAUUAAUGCUGAUAGCGAAGACAGCCAACGGAAUCAUCGUAGCCGAAUCAUUCCAAGGCCUUGGAGGAAAUAGCAUCAUCAUAGUCAGCCUUCUCACCAUCAGUGAAAUGGUCGCUCCCAAACUUCGUCCCCUUUCUUUGGUUCUCUUUGCAGUCAUGCAGAUUCUGGGUUUGAUUGUCAUAUCUUUGAUAGGCUAUUGUCUACACUGGAAAACUAUAAGUCUGGUGUUGUUGGUACCAAUCGUGUUGGCCUUGUUAAUGUCUUGUACGUGGCCCGAAUCGCCCUCGUGGUUGGCUUGCAAGGGAGAAUUUGAAAGAUGCGAGAGAGCCUUUCACUGGCUAAGGGGUGACAGCGCAGACGCUCAAAAUGAAUUGACAGCAUUACUAAAAGCUCAGAAGACGGCCCUAUGUAAAAAUAGAGAAGUUAAAAUAGCUUUCUUUCAAAGAAUUCGAAGACGCGAUUUUUAUUUACCAUGUUUUCAUAUUUUUGUAAUAGUAGGCACGUUAUACUGGAGUGGUUCUGUAGCCUUAUAUAUUUAUACAGUGCAAGUAAUCCAAAAUACAGCAGGAAUCACUAAUGAUUUUCUACCGAUAGCAUUAACUGAUAGUGUGAUGAUGUUUGCUUGUUUGGCAUCAAUAGUUUUAGUAAGAAGAUUCGAGAACAAAACUAUUUUCGUUAUAAGUGGUAUUGGAUGUUCAAUUUCAUUAAUAUCAUCAGCAAUAGCAUACUAUUUACAAAAAUGUGGAGUACUACCAGCCUCAUAUAUAACUUGGUUUCUUUUAUUAGUUUAUAGCCUGUUUUGUACAUCAGGUUUAGUAAAUAUAGCUUUUAAUGUAUCUGCAGAAUUGAUGCCAGUAAAGCACCGCGGUAUUGGUGGAGUUUUCUAUACUCUUUCAAUGGCAGUGUUGUAUACUUCUUCAAUCAAAGCAGCUCCUUAUUUAUUUGUUUAUAUAGAUUAUUGGGGUGCCUUUUUAGUGUAUGCUUCUGUGAAUACCUUAGGAACAUUGUUUAUUUGGAAAUAUGUUCCAGAGACAAAGAACAGGACCUUGCAGGAAAUUGAAGAAUAUUAUAACCACGGCGAUUUCGAUAAAUAUGAUCCAAAUGUUAAAGAACAGUUUGUUAAUGCGUGAUUUAAUAUAACGUUUGAGAUGCGAUAUGAUCUUCUAUUUUAUUUUAGACUUACUUUUGCCUGUGGCUUCUCCCGUCAGAAACAUUAACAUUUCUUUUAUGAAUUUUGAGUACCACCUGGGACCUUACGACUUACGAUUAUGCUAGACGUAUCACGCACGCAGAAUGAUUACGACACCGAGACACAUCGAGGCCAAUCAUUCAUGCCGAGUUAAUUCUAAUUUCUACAUACUAUAGAUAGCGAUAUAUUUAAAAUUGUUUUAAAACUGACAUCAAAUUUAAUAUAUUCUGUUUACAUUUCUUUUUGUUUUAAAGCAAGUUCUACCUAGAUGUAUGCCGAGUAACAUAGCAGUGUACAAUAAAUGGUCGACAAUUUAAAAAUUACUGACAUUAAAAUGAAUAUUUGUUGUGUCUACAUAUUUUUUUAUUUAAAGUAAGUUGUGACCAUGAAAUUAUGUGCGAUUCGAAAUAUUUUAAAACAUUUUACGGAAUUUUACAAAGGUGUUCUUACGCAUUAAUAUUUUGUGAGAAUUUUUGCAUUUUUUUAGUCUAGCUAAAUAUAAGUAUCGGUAGAUUUAAACGACUAAUUAUUUAUUUAGUUAGCAGUAUUGUGGACAAUUUAAACUCAUUAAUGGUACGGAAAUCGUGUACAAGUGAAGGUAAAUAAGAUUUAGAAAGAAAGCAAACACUGAACCCGGAUCCUUAAAAACUACGUUCAGCUGUAAAACAUAAAAGAGAAGAAAAAAAUGAACAUACCUUUUUUGAGACAAAUAUUGGUGGCCAGUUCCCCGCAGCUCGCAGCGAUAUCCGUCGGCGGAGCAAUUGGGUUUCCAAGCGUCCUUCUAGAACAACUGAAAACUAAUGACAGUUCUAUACAAUUGGAAAUGGAACUGUCGACGUGGAUUGGAUCGAGCCACGGCUUUGCAGGAAUACCGAGCAUCCUCAUGCCGACAUUAAUGCAAUGGAAGGGCCGAAAAAUGUCUUACUUCAUAAGCUGCCUCUUCAUCUUUAUUGGUUGGCUACUGAUCUACUUCUCCGAGAACGUUAUCACAAUCAUCAUCGGCGAGUGCUUCCAGGGUUUGGGAAAUAACAGUCUUGUUGUCGCCACCUUCAAUUCUCUCAGCGAAAUGCUAGACCCCAAGUUCAGAAUCAUUGCAAUGUCAAUAUACAUUAACAACGAAGCUCUUGGAGUAAGCGUUGCCAGUAUUAUUGGGAGAUACCUUCAUUGGAAUACAGUCAGUAUCGCUAUGAGCAUACCGAUCACUUUAGCGCUCAUUAUUGGAUUUCUCUGGCCUGAAUCACCAUCAUGGCUUGCAUACAAAGGAGAUUAUGUUAAAUGUGAAGAAGCUUUUUUAUGGCUUCGUGGAUCUAGCGAGGACUCACAGAAAGAACUAAAAGAAUUACUGAGAGCUCAGAAAGAAAUGUAUAUAGCGAACAGAAAAUCCAAGGUUACAUUGAAAAAAUUGGGGACGCAAAUAACUAGCAGGGAUUUUUACAUGCCGCUUUUCCAAAGCUUUGUUAUAUUAUGCUCUGUAUACGGUAGUGGUAUUUUAGUCGUUAUAGUAUAUGGCAUUGACAUGAUGCAGAAAGCAACAAAAAACUCAUCAGCGACCCAUUUCGGCAUGAUUAUAAUUUUCGUGAGUAUAUAUUUAGGAUCUCUGGUUUCAAUAUUCCUGAUGAAAUUUUUCAAAAACAUAACCGUUUAUAUGACCAGCGGUGUUUUCGCUGCUACCUUUAUGCUAGGAGCUUCUGUUGUGACAUUCUUGCAGUCUGUGAGCGUUGUAUCAGAGGAGUCUUUAUUGUGUUUGUUCUUUAUUAUAUUCUUUGUUGCUUCUACAUCUAUGGGGAUAUCCACAACUGGUUAUUGUUUAGCUGCUGAAGUAAUGCCGGUUAAGCAUAGAGGUCUUGGUGGAGCCACGUAUAUAAUUCAAGUAUGCAUAUUACAUUCUGUUAUAUUAAAAUUUUCUCCUUAUUUAAUCUUAUAUAUGAAUUUGUGGGCCACGUUUAUGUUGUUCAGUGUAAUAGAAUAUGUAUGUAUGAUUUAUGUGUGGAAAAAUGUACCAGAAACGAAAGGUAGGACGCUACAAGAAAUCGAAGAUUUUUAUAAUCAUGGUCGGUUUGUUACUAGGAGUGGUGAGAUAGAAGAGGAAUGUUUAGCUCGAGAGUAAAUAAGUUACUAGGGCUUUAGAAACUAUUUUUCUUUGGCAUGAGAUUUCUGUUAUAAACGGGUAAUAAACAUGAGAAUAAAUAUAAUUUACUGAAUUUGGGUUUUAUGUUUUUUACCUUUAAUAUUGCGUAAAUUAACUAUCGAGCUGUCUUAGGGUCUCGUACCUCUAAAGAAACCUUUAUAGGAUCACUUGUUCGUCUGUCUGGAUGUCAAGAGCCUUUUUCUCAAAAACACGUGACGCUAACAUUUUGAAAUUUAUAUAAAAUACUUUUUUCCGACAUGCUUACAAAU